AUGCCUCGAAAGACCAUUUUCUUGAUGGGCGCUCCAUUGCCUAAUCACCUGGACUGGGACAACGACGAGCUUUUCGACAAGCCCAUGCCACCGUUCCAAGGCCCACAGACUACAGAAGGGAGUCACCCAUCCACAGAUCAGAAAUUCGUGAAGUGGAGGGUUCUACAGCCCUUGGAACAUGAGCAACCGAUUGACUACCCUUCCUGGUACUUUGGACCCGACGACCCGAACUUUCUGACAACACGCCAUCUGGAGUCAUUGGACGAUGCGUCGACCCCUGAGGAGGAAUCUAUAUUGUCACAGUUUUACGAUCAUUCGUUUGCGGUCCACGAAGCGCCAGAUGCAUCGUUGUCCGGACCACGAGAGGACCGUACGCAGGAGAGUGGGCUCGAAGACAUAACACAGGCAGCUACCAUCGUCUCUCCAGACAGAGACAUAUCAGAAUUAUCUCGACCUGUGCGACUUCCAGGCCCCGUGAGCGAUUUACAGGAUCUUCCCACGGCGAUAUAUCUACAGUCCAUCACUCCGCAGACCACGACAGUCAAUCUGAUCGUCGGGAUCAUUGCAGUCCACCCGCCCCGUCGCAUAGUGACACGGCAAUGGCAGAAAGAACUAGACAUCAUUGAACUCGUCGUUGGUGAUGAAACAAGAACCGGGUUUGGGGUCAACUUUUGGCUGCCCGCCGAUAAGCGCGCCAAGAAUCAGGAGAUCGGUCGUCUGGGGCAAUCGCUAGCCACACUGCGGCCUCAAGACAUCGUCCUGCUGCGGACAGUAGGGCUGAGUACAUUCCAAAAUCGUGUCUACGGGCAGAGUUUGCGAGGAAUGACACAAGUCGAUCUUCUUCAUCGGUGGCCAGUGGACGCGACGGAUGCGGGUGGGCACCGGGACGAUCAGCCGCGGCGGAAGCUUUGCAGAGUGCGCGAGUGGGUGUUGCGUUUCGUGGGGACGGAUACAGCAGGCGGUGCCAUGUCAGGAAUGUCGGAGAUACAACGUGGUCCUCGGCUGCCUCCGGACACGCAGUAA